GGCUAUUUGGGGUCAGGUGGGUGUGGGAGGAAGAAAGGCAGACGGCGUUCGCAGCGGCCUCUCAAUUACUAUCACCCUAGUCAUGUCUUAGCCUUAUCGAUGGCAAUUUACAAGUUAAUUAGGUAAACCCCAGAAUGAGUGUGGUCGUGUGAACUCAGCUUAGCGUGUCGUGUUUCCGAUCCUUUUCUCUCAACCCGCCUGUCUUUUAGCCCCGCUGGCAGAACUGCAUUUUUUUUGUUUUGUUCAUCCGUUGCCUCCCUGCUUUUCCCACUGUCGUAAUAUAAAGCCUUAUAAAGAAAGACAAUGGGAUGGUAAUAAUAUCCAGUUUUGGAAUUGCCCAGAAUGUUUUCAUCUGACUAAAUAAUAGGAGAAAGCAAAGGCAAAAGUGAAUUCUGCCCCUUUCCCCGAAGGUGGGGUUUAAUUAAACAGUCUUAGUUGUAAAUUUGCAAUAUUAGAGCAAGUAAAGAAAAUAUGUGAUGGCGAAGCUAGUAAUUAAUGAGAAACCUGCCACGUUUUCCUGAGGAUACUAUUCUAGUAGUCCGAGUAAAAUGAAGGUGAAAAUCAAGAGCUGGCAUGGAGUUGCUUCCUGGCUAUGGGUUGCUAAUGAUGAGAACUGUGGCAUUUGUCGAAUGGCUUUUAAUGGAUGCUGCCCUGACUGUAAGGUGCCUGGAGAUGAUUGUCCUCUUGUGUGGGGACAGUGUUCACACUGUUUCCACAUGCACUGCAUACUGAAGUGGCUUAAUUCUCAACAAGUUCAACAGCACUGUCCAAUGUGCCGACAGGAAUGGAAGUUCAAAGAGUGACUCUGGCAAGAUUUCUCCCCCAGCUUCCUUUGGAUCUAGUAAUUUGCCAGAAUUACUAAUAUCAAUAUAGAAUCAAGGAGAAGAAAACUGUUAUUAUAUAUUACAGUAUUUUCUCAAUCCUAUAUACAGAUGUCCCAAUGUAUGGUACCACAGCAGGUGAGCUCUCAAAGUCUAUAAAUUGCGAGGAAAGUGAUGACUGUUGGUGUGAAGGCAACAAGUAAGCAAACCUCCAGUUUCAAUUUUAGUAGUUGAUUGAAAUGAAAUAGGAUUAUUUGUGUAAGAUAGGUGUCUCAGUUGUAUUUUUAUUAAAUAAACUUUUUAUUUUUAUUGUUUUAAUAGCUGUUCUAAAAUGUGUACUUUCAACCAAAUCUCACUUUGUAAUGUGUAUUACUGAUGCCUUGCUUUAGUACACAAAUAAAAAUUCUUGAUUUCUUGA